AUCAGUCUCGACCGAGUCGUUUAAGAGGCAGAUCAUCAAAAUCGAGGGUCAAUGAUUUGCGUGGAGGCCUGGUCGAGAUAAAGAGACGAUCCAGAUCAUCCCGGAUGCACGGGGCAACCUGGGCAACCAUGACGUCGCGGCUUCCGCAUACAAUAAUACGCCGCCAUUGAUUUCCAUUCUUCAAGAGUCGCUUCGCAUCAUCCAUCUUUUUCACCUUUCUACACCACUCCUCAUCAACAAAUCUACGCAUCUCGUCGCAGUUGUCUGAAUCUAUUCAUCCUUCGACUAACACCCUCUUACUACCGCCAAAAUGCACCGCACAUACUCCAUGCGCCAGUCGCGCGCACCCACUGCAUCGCAGAUCCAAACCCCUCCUCCCCCGUCGUCUUCCACCAAGGCUGGUAGAUUCUUCGGCAAGAGCAACAUUGGUCACUCUUUCCGCAGAAAUGCCGCUGGUGCUUUCGGUCCCGAUCUUGCCAAGAAGCUGUCGCAGCUUGUGAAGAUGGAGAAGAACGUUAUGCGCUCUAUGGAGCUCGUCGGCAGAGAGAGAAUGGAGGUCGCACAACAACUUAGCAUUUGGGGUGAGGCUUGUGACGACGACGUCUCUGAUGUCACCGACAAGCUCGGUGUCUUGAUCUACGAGAUUGGUGAGCUUGAGGACCAGUUCGUCGACAAGUACGACCAAUACCGUGUUACCAUCAAGAGCAUCCGUAACAUUGAGGCUUCCGUCCAGCCCAGCAGAGACCGCAAGCAGAAGAUCACUGAUCAGAUUGCCCAGCUCAAGUACAAGGAGCCCAACAGCCCCAAGAUUGUUGUCCUUGAGCAGGAGCUCGUUAGAGCCGAGGCCGAGUCAUUGGUCGCCGAGGCCCAGCUUUCCAACAUCACCCGUGAGAAGCUGAAGGCUGCCUUCACCUACCAGUUCGAUGCUCUCCGUGAGCACUCUGAGAAGAUGGCCAUCAUCGCUGGCUUCGGUAAGCACCUGUUGGAGCUCAUCGACGACACUCCCGUCACCCCUGGCGAGACCAGAAACGCAUACGACGGUUACGAGGCUAGCAAGGCCAUCAUCCAGGACUGCGAGGACUCUCUCACCAACUGGGUCGAGCAGAACGCCGCCGUCACCUCUUCCCUCUCCACCCGUACCCGCACUCUUUCUCAGCGCCGUCGCAACCGUCACCAGGGUGAGGCCGUCGACCUUGCUCACCAGGACGCCCCCAUGGAGAACCGUGACAGCAACCUCUGGAUCCCCGCCAGCCAGCACCACAACGCCGGCACCUACGAGGACGAUGAUGAGGAGGAGGAUGCUAGCGUCGUCAACGGCUCCAUCCGUGGCCGCGACGAGGAGAGAGUCGCUGCUUAAGCGUAGCACUCACUUUGUUUUGGUUUCUAUGAUUGCGUGGUUGGGCAUUAUACCCUUGGAGCCCCCUAUGUUUCACAAGAUCGUAAUGUUUCUUAAUAGUCUUUUAUCUUUAUGGCAGGCAGUAGCAGUCUCCUCUAUUUCGUUGGUCCGCCACAGAAAGUCCAACUUACGACAGCAUGACAACUCUGCUUCUCUAGCACUCCUCUAAUUGUAU